UACUAAAGUCCACGCAGCGCGUCUCACCGCUCCGCAGCUCCCGGCUCUGGGUUUUUUUUUUUUUUCCUGCUUUGAACACUUGGUGAAGUUGUUUCUUUCGUGCACAAGGGCGGGUUGUAGUCGGUGCUGCGGGGGCAGGUUGGUUUGGUGCCUGAGUUCGAAGGGACGGACGCGCACAUCUGUAACAGCGACCAUGCCGGUGCGACAGAAAGAUGCUCAGCGAGCCCUGGAGCUGCUCCAGGAGUAUCGGCUCAAGCUGGACCAGAGACAGCAGAGCCAAAGCCUGAGCAAGAAGGGCCCCGUGGAGGAGGACCGGCAGCUGCAGCAGUCCCUCGACAGAGUCAUCAAUGUAUUCCAGAGCCAGCUCUUCAGCGCUCUUCUGGAUAUCCAGGAGUUCUAUGAGUUCACCAUACUGGGAGACACCAAGGGUUCUGUGGACCAGGUUGAUAGUCCCGGGAAAGUCCCUGCUCCUUGCAACCUUUCAGCAGAAUCUCCCGCCCAGCCACAGCCCACCUCCGUCCCUGUGAGCCCCCAGGCUCCUGGUGAACCAUCCCAACCUAAGCCGAUAACCCCCAAGCCAAGGUCAGUCAAGUCUCGCGCCCCCCCAGUCCCAUGUGCAACACCUCCAACAAAACCAUCUUCUCCUGAAACCCCGUCCAGUGCAACUCAGUCCCAGCCAGCCAAAGUCAAGUACCGUGCUCCUCCUCCACCGGGCCAACCUGGAGUCUCUGUGUCUCCAGAGGCACAGCCUUCUAAACCGUCCUCACCCUCAGUCGUAGCAUCUCCCAGUAUCACUGUGAACAAUGUGGAAAGCCCUCCUGGUACCCCUAAAACCUGUCCCGGAGUGAGUGGAACGAAGCCCCAUGUUACUGCCAUCAACUCUGAGACUUCUUCAGAAACAUCUGCAAAUCCACUUCUCGAGUCUCCGGGCUGCAACAUGGCGACCGUGUCUGCUCUCGUCUCCAGCACCAUCCAAGGUCUUGUGACCCCAACCACUCCGGACAGACCUACUCCCACCAGCACGCCCAGCGGCAGCCCUGGUCUCGGUGCAGCCACGGCUGCUGUCUCUGCACCACAUUCCACCAGCGAGGACCCAGGAUCAGGCAAAGCCACUUCCAGUACGAGUCCAACAAGUCCCAACAAUGGCACAUUUACCUUUGGUGGUCAAAGCCCAGCAAGUCCUCCUCCAAAGCCAAACAGAGUAGGCAAACAGAGUCCAACCAGCCCCGGGCCAGUAAAAGUCCCCUCCACGAGCCCCGGCUGUGGUCCAGCCCGCUCCGGGACACCUACAAGUCCACCGACCCCCAACAAGGCCAACCCCCCUCCGGUGGUGGUCAACACCGAUAGCGUCGACACUCCUCCAUACGUCAAUGGAACAGAAGCAGACUAUGAGUAUGAAGAAAUCACACUGGAGCGGGGUAACUCGGGCUUGGGCUUCAGUAUUGCUGGAGGGACUGAUAACCCCCACAUUGGAGAAGACCCCUCAAUCUUCAUCACAAAGAUUAUCCCGGGAGGAGCAGCAGCACAGAAUGGACGACUCAGGGUGAAUGACUGUAUAGUCCGGGUGAACGAUACGGACGUCAGGGAAGUGACUCACAGUGGAGCUGUGGAAGCUUUGAAGGAAGCGGGAGGUCUGGUCCGACUGUGUAUACGACGCAGGAGGAGCCUCGCUGAGAGGAUCCUGGAUAUCAAACUGGUCAAAGGGCCCAAAGGUUUAGGAUUCAGUAUAGCAGGUGGAGUCGGGAACCAACACGUCCCUGGUGACAACAGCAUCUACGUGACUAAAGUCAUUGAGGGAGGGGCUGCACACAAGGAUGGACGACUACAAAUAGGAGACAAACUGGUCGCUGUAAAUGCCGCCUGUUUGGAGGAAGUAACACAUGAGGAGGCAGUCGCAGCAUUAAAGUCAACUCCUGAUGUUGUUUAUCUCCGCGUGGCCAAACACACCUCCCUUUUUAUCAAUGACAACUUCCCUCCACCUGAUGUCACGAACUCAUAUUCGCCACACCCAGACAACCAUGUAAGCCCCUAUAUGAGCGGCAGCCAGUCUGUAAGCCCGGCCCCUCUGACGACACCCAGAUACUCCCCACUGCCUCGGACCAUGACUGCAGACGAUGAUGCCAACAGGGAACCCAGACGGGUGGUGCUGCAGAGGGGCUCUACAGGUCUUGGAUUUAACAUUGUUGGAGGGGAGGAUGGAGAAGGAAUCUUCAUCUCCUUCAUACUUGCUGGAGGUCCGGCUGAUCUGUGUGGUGAACUUAAAAAGGGAGACCGCAUCCUGUCGGUAAACGGGGUGGACUUGUCCAGUGCAACACAUGAGCAGGCUGCUGCAGCUCUGAAGAACGCGGGGCAGAAUGUUACCAUAGUAGCACAGUUCAGGCCGGAAGAGUACAGUCGUUUUGAGGCAAAGAUUCAUGACCUGAGGGAACAGAUGAUGACCAGCAGUGUCAGCUCCAGCUCCACGUCGCUCCGCUCCACACAGAAACGCACACUUUAUGUCAGGGCGUUGUUCGACUACGAUGGAAGCACGACAGAUGUGAACACACCCAAUACGGCCCUGCCCUUCCGAUUCGGAGACAUCCUCCAUGUAAGCAGCGCUGGCGAGGAGGAGUGGUGGCCCGCCCGUCACCUCAGCCCCCCGCCCCCGAACUGCCCUGAAGUCGGGGUCAUCCCCAGCCGCAGGAGAGCAGAGAGGAAGGAGAGAUCAAGGUUAAAAACAGUACGAGUGACCAGGUCUCAGGACAGAUCGGAUCAGGAUGAUAAAGAGCUGGUAACCUCUGGCACAAGCGAUAGUGAGAGUAGUUCCUCUGGCCAGGAGGAGAUCUGCCUUACAUACCAACCUGUCAUGCAGCAGGAAGUAAAUUACACACGGCCAGUCAUUGUACUUGGACCAAUGAAAGAUCGGAUCAACGAUGAUCUCAUCUCUGAGUUCCCGGAUAAAUUUGGCUCGUGUGUCCCACACACAACACGGCCACGACGAGACUACGAGGUUGACGGCAGGGAUUACCACUUCAUGUCCUCCAGAGAGCUAAUGGAGCGAGAGAUUCAGGAACACAAGUUUAUUGAGGCGGGGCAGUACAACAACCAUCUGUACGGAACCAGCAUUCAGUCUGUCAAAGAGGUCGCCGACAAGGGCAAACACUGCAUACUAGACGUAUCAGGGAACGCGAUAAAACGUCUCCAGAUGGCAGGCCUUCAUCCUAUUGCCAUCCUCAUUAGACCAUGCAAUGUUGAAAACAUCCUAGAGAUGAACAAGCGUUUCACUGAGGAGCAGGCGAGGAAGAACUUUGACAGAGCUGUGAAACUGGAGCAGGAGUUUGCAGAGUUCUUCACUGCAAUUGUCCCGGGCUCAUCUCUGGAGGAAAUCUACUCUCAAGUGAAGCAGAUCAUUGAGGAGCAGUCUGGUCCUUACAUCUGGGUGCCCACCAAGGAGCGACUCUGAAUAAAACACAUGCACAUGCAAUAUACUCAUGCACACACCACUCUCUCAAAACGUCCCACGUCUAAUUUUCUAUUAUCAGCCUGCUUCUUCACUUGUACAUUGCGACACACACACAAAUACACACCUAUAUUCACACAAGCACACGAAUUUGGCCAAUCUGGGACUAUCUGGGACUCAUGUCUGCCCAGCAGCGUACUGGUGGAUCUUCCCACAGCUCAGUUCCUUAAUGUUUAAGGAGGUGGUUCAAAUCAAGGCAACAUGUACCAUUAUCUGAUUUAUUUCAUUACUGUUCUUCUUCUUAUUGUUGUUGUUGUUGUUGUUUUCAUAUUAACAAAGGGUAAUGCAUUCAUGUAUGGGUUUGUAAUGAUAAUAUUGUCACCACGAGGCAGACUUUUGCACGCUGUAGCUUUAAGAGCAUGUUUUUGGGACAAAACCUUGAACUAAUUCCCUUCUGUUCAUCUGUCUAUCUGUCUCUUCUCACAGCAUCACUUCUUUUUACAGUUUCUCUUUCUUGUUUCUUCUCUUUCAUACCUCAUCCCCACACCUUUCCUCUCUGUUUUCUUCUUUUUUUCUUUUUUUUUUUUACUGUCCACAGCCUUCAGAUGAACUGAAUAUGAUUAUUGUAACUACAGUGUCCCCCAGCAUUUUGGCUUUCAGGCUCCCAUGUACCUAUAGAGAAGCUUCUAUUUUAUGACGCCGCAUGAAAAAUAAAAUCUAAAUUAAUUUAAGAUUUUUAAAACUGAGACACUUGUAAAGAGUUAUAUUAACAGGCAGACAUAAUCAACUUAAAAAGAAAACUACAUUAGAUUAAAAUGAGGUAAAUUAGAGUAGUAUAGUACUACAGUAUGUUGUUUUUCAAGGGUCAAAAACAAACCACGACUGAUGGUGAAGACUGUUCUGAAUCUCUGGCACUAUAUUUUUCACAAUUUCUGAGAGUUAUAUUUAAAAAGAAGUUUUCACUGAACGCAGAUUUAUCGGACAUGUCACAUAAGUAUGUUCCAUUACGUCCAUUUGAAACAUUUGUAACUGUUAUGUAUGUUACAUUUGUUAAUGUCUGUAAGUAAACUACAAAGUACUUGUGCCUGAACACCGUCCCCCCGCUAGACCCACCCUGCAGAGUCGCAGGACAUUUGUUUCGUAUGAAACCCUGGCUGUCUAAACGAAGAUUCACUCACUGUACAUCCUCAGUGGAAAUGUUCAGUCAUGAUGUUGCUUGCCUAUUUCACUCAUGGUAAAUGAUUUAUUAUUUAAAAAAUAACAUAUAAGCAUGUAAACAUGGUUGAAACUUGAUUUCUUUUCUUCCUAAGUAAUUUCAUCCUGUAAGAGAGGAAAAUGCAAUCAGAGACAAGGAUGUGGCCUUCAUCUGCCUUGUUAUUCAUUUAUUUUCACAGUUUUUGAGUUAAAAAAAGCAGUUGAAAACUGGUUUAAAAAGUCAUUAAAAAUGUAUUAAAUCAAUGCACAUUCAUUUAAUUGUUAAUUAUUAUCUAUAAAUGCGUGCAACUAAAAGAAGGAAAUAGAAGUCAAAUAAAAUCUAAAAGAAUAAAUCAAAUGAUUUGAUAUUAAAGCAAAUGCGAGUACAGGAUAAAGACAUUUCCUCCUGACUAGUAAUUCAGUUGCUCCAAAACAAGAGUGUGAUUAAUUUGAUAGAUGGAUUUAUUUUUUUAGGGAGUGUAAAGGUUUCUGCUUUUAUCUUUCAUCUAAUUUCAAACUUGCGCUCAAGAAUGUGAUAAAUACAGGCCUGGAUUUUCUCUUAAAGAAACGGGUAUGUGCUCUCCAAGUCUUAAUCGCACACAGGCUCCUCUGCCUUUCUUUCCUCAUCUUCCUCCAUCUCACACCUUAAUCUGUGUCUUCCUGUAUCGUCCACGUCCACAGUGGCAUCAGUUGAGCUGUCUGACAUUUAAAAGUGUACCACGUCCUUCAUCAACGCCAUCGUCACAACCAUCGUUAGAGCUUUCCGUCUUACUUAGUUGCGCUAAUGAGGGCUGGUUUCCUAAACGCAUCCUAACCAACAGAGCUGAUACCACCUCAGUGUUUCUGGUUUUUGACCUGAUCAUAUGACACGCAGCUUUCUUUCAGUGAUAUUAAAAGAUGUGAGCGAGGAGUUUUUUAGUGAAGGUUUCCCCUGUUAUCUCAAUUGCUGUAUGUCUAAUAUGUAAAGACAUCAAAUGUACUCCGCUGAUGAAAGCUUCUGUCAUGAUCAAAUAACCUUCUGCAUGGCUCUUUUUUCAACAGUUUUUUUCUUUUUUUUUUUUCUUUUCAUGCUGUAUUUGAAAGUUUGAGCCAUCAGCCUCAACACACAGAUACGACCUUUGGAACGAGUUCCACGUGUUAACCGCAGCACUCCACAUGCGACUGCGAGCUAAUGAGGGUUCAUGUCUGUAAAAUCUCCAGCUCGAGGUUGUAUCUUCAUGGGGGUUUUCAUGAUAGCAGAGAAAAUUAACAUCUGUGGGGACCCCCUGCCUGGUAACAACUAAAAACUGCAAUUCUGAGUGUUGAGGUCACAAACCAGACUAACCUGAAACGUUACUGUCGAGCGUAACAUCAGAGAUGGUUUGGUGAGGCAGCCCCUGUGUGGACCUUGUCAGCCAGCGACUCCCUAUCUCCGCCCUUUAACCCCCCGAGGCGACGUCUCCAAGCUGACUGGAGACCAGAGACGUGCAGAAAGGCAGUUCUGUCAACAGAUAGCUUUUAAACCCAAAUAAAGAGUAGUUUUGAAGAUGUUGAUGCUUCCUCGCAGAAUGUUGAGCUAAUGUGAGUUUCCUCCCACCUGUGCUCCCUGAUUCCAGUAGACGAGUGGUUUUUGUGAGUUGACAGAACUGGACUCCCUGUAUGAAUCUGGCUGUGUUUUUAGCCAGGGGAUCAUGCCACUGUCUGUUAGAGUAAAGCACUGAUGCAAUGAAGCUAUCACAGAGAUGGAUAUAUAUAUAUAUAUAGCAUAUUAUAAUAUUUAUCCCUGUUCUAACUGCCUAUUUUGGUACAAAAAAAUAAAUAAAAAUAAAAGUCUUUAUUGAGAUUUAUUGAACUCCCUUGACCAAUGAUCAGAGAUGAUUAUUCUUGUUUUGCUUU